GAAUGUGAUUUGCAUGCCCAGCCCCUGCCCGCGGUUCAGUUGGGUUCCCGAGGGACUAGCUGGUCCUAGAGUGGUAUCACAAGGUGAGGAGUUGCUGCGUAGCGCCUCGGAUGGAUGGGGCCUGGAAUCAAACGGGAUAGGGGAGGUUUAUGCAUUAGGAAGUUCCCCCAGGGCUUCGAGUCACUGAACUGUCAUGUCUGGGAAUCCGGUGUCAACCCCAGAACAGAACAGUCAUGAAAACAAGACUACUAAUCUUAGGCAGUCAGAGAAGAAGUGCUCAUGGGCCUCCUACAUGACAAACUCCCCAACACUUAUUGUAAUGAUUGGCCUGCCAGCCAGGGGCAAGACCUAUGUAUCCAAGAAACUCACCCGAUACCUCAACUGGAUUGGGGUACCCACCAAAGUUUUUAAUCUCGGGGUAUAUCGACGUGAAGCAGUCAAAUCAUAUAAAUCCUACGACUUCUUCCGGCAUGACAAUGAAGAGGCCAUGAAGAUUCGAAAACAGUGUGCCCUGGUAGCUCUAGAAGAUGUUAAGGCGUAUUUCACUUAUGAAUGUGGUCAGAUUGCGGUAUUUGAUGCUACCAAUACCACCCGGGAAAGAAGGGACCUGAUCUUGAACUUUGCCAAGGAGAAUGCCUUUAAGGUCUUCUUCGUGGAAUCUGUCUGUGAUGAUCCUGAUGUGAUUGCAGCCAACAUUCUGGAAGUGAAAGUCUCGAGUCCGGACUACCCAGAAAGGAACAGGGAGAAUGUGAUGGAGGACUUCUUGAAGAGAAUUGAAUGUUACAAAGUCACCUAUCGGCCCCUUGACCCCGACCACUAUGACAAGGAUUUGUCCUUCAUCAAGGUGAUCAACGUGGGGCAGCGGUUCUUGGUGAACCGAGUACAGGACUACAUUCAGAGCAAGAUUGUGUACUACCUCAUGAACAUCCAUAUCCAGCCCCGAACUAUUUAUCUUUGUCGCCAUGGAGAGAGCGAGUUCAAUUUGUUGGGCAAGAUUGGGGGUGACUCUGGUCUCUCACCUCGAGGAAAGCAGUUUGCUCAAGCAUUGAGGAAGUUCCUGGAAGAGCAGGAGAUUGUAGACCUCAAAGUAUGGACCAGCCAGCUAAAAAGAACCAUUCAGACUGCAGAGUCUCUGGGUGUGACAUACGAACAGUGGAAGAUCCUAAAUGAGAUUGAUGCUGGUGUGUGUGAAGAGAUGACUUAUGAGGAAAUUGAGAAGCAAUACCCAGAAGAGUUUGCUCUUCGGGAUCAAGAGAAAUAUCUAUAUCGUUACCCUGGAGGGGAGUCAUACCAGGACCUGGUGCAGCGGCUGGAGCCGGUCAUCAUGGAGUUGGAGCGCCAGGGCAACGUCCUUGUCAUCUCCCACCAGGCUGUCAUGCGCUGCCUUCUGGCCUACUUCUUGGACAACAGUGCAGAUGAGCUACCAUAUUUGAGGUGCCCACUCCAUACCAUCUUCAAACUCACACCUGUGGCUUAUGGAUGCAAGGUGGAAACAAUAAAGCUCAACGUGGAAGCUGUGAAUACUCACCGAGACAAGCCUACUAACAACUUCCCCAAGAAUCAAACCCCUGUAAGGAUGAGAAGGAACAGCUUUACGCCUCUGUCCAGUUCGGAUACAAUAAAGCGCCCGAGAAAUUACAGUGUUGGGAGCCGGCCUCUCAAGCCCCUCAGUCCUCUCCGUGCCUUGGAUGCUCAAGAAGGGGCUGACCAGCCGAAGACCCAAGUCAGCGUUCCCGUGGUGUAACCGUGUGUGUUCUUCCCUGAACCCAGCCCCCUUUCCCCUUUUACUAAUCACCUAGGACUUUCUUUAACUUCUAUAUCUUUAAUUAAUCCUAACCCAGAGCAUGAGACUAUGUUUAUGAACCAGCCAACUUCAGUCAUUCCCAGAUCUGAUGUAACAUAUCACCCCAUCAAGCUUUUGACCUUGGUCAAAUUCUAAUGGGGUCUCUUGGGACAGAUAUUUGGGCAUGAGUUUUGGAGGAUGAAAAAAGAAAAAGUCCCAUGAGGAAGAUGAUUUGGUGUAGUCAAGAUUGGAAGGGACUGAUAAGCACUUUCCAAAUACCUUUCUUUCUUUCCCCAACCUGUCAUCAUUAACGUGCUUUGUUUGUGAGUGUGUGGAGGCCACACAUGCUGGGUGAGCUAUUUUCCUUCACUUCUUAAGUCCCUUUGUUACUUUAUGCUAAAUGUACUUACUUGCUUUCUUCCCUCUUCUCCCCCUUCCCCUUUUUAAGACCCUUCAUUAGAUUAUCCCACUUUUGGUCAGAGUGAUGCAUGGAGCCUGUGUGGUACCUGUGGAAGGAAUAGAGAGCAGAUUGGGGAGGGAAAUUUGGACUCUGUUUCAUGAUAUCACAAUGGGACUUAACUUGAAGGGGCUGCUUCCAUCCUUUGCUCUUUCUACUCAACCUAUAUGUGUAUUAUGAGAUAUAGCAUCCCCAAUCUCAGGGCUCACAUUUCCUUUUACAAGAAAUGAUCCCAAGACCUUUUUCACUGGGGGAGAUACUAGGUUUUGUGUAUUUGGCCAAUCCCUUCCUUGGAUUUGCCUUUGAAUUCAAAAGGGCUAUUAUAAGGGCUGCUGAUGUGAGAGGGUAGGGAGAUGGUCUGUAUUCUGCCCAAGACUCUUCUAGGGGAGCACAUACUGGGAAAGGUCUCUCUUUCCCACUGGCUCCCAGGCUUAUUGCCAACAGCAACAGCUGCCCUGCCAAAGCCAGUGACCUCUCUGGGCCAAUUAGAAGGGCAGAGCUAGAGUCUGAAACUUUUGGGGAUGUUGAAUGUUCCAGUUCUUUCAGACAACAUCUGAUUCCUUCCCCCUGCCUAGAAGUAAAUCUUGAGAUACACUGACCAUAAUAUUCAUCAAAUGGAAUGAAUAUUUUAAUACACAUAAUACAUUAAGAAAAUUCUCUCCUCCUCUCCCAUUCCCUUCCUUCCUCCCUGCCAAAGUUACAAAGACUUAUUGAAAAACCUGGUGGCUUGCUGUCCCUUCUUGGGAAAGGGUGUCCUAUCCACAAGGUAAAAAAUAUACCCAUUAGGAUUCAAUGGGAUGCCUGGAGGCAUUAGGGCUUCCUAUUUCCAAGUUUUGUCCUUAGCAUCUUCUGGGUUUGGGACCUCUCCUAUUAACCCAAGGAAGCUACUUCUCUAUGUGUUGUGUUACAUCUACUUUCUCAACUGAGAGCUUACCCUGGUAAUAUCCUAGUUUGGAUCCUUUUGUUUUUCUCUUCAUAGUUUCUGAAACUGUAUUUACAUAAGGAUCCCUGGGGCUUUAACUUCCUUUUCCCCCUCAUUUCCAAAAUCUUUUUUUUUUGGGGGGGGGAAUAGGUAAUUUUCUUAUAUUUGGCAAAUCACUUGAUCUGGAACUGUGGCAUAAGUGUCACUGCUAUCUGUGGGGUGGAAUGAAGAGACAGCUUCUACAUCUCUCAGAACCCUUCUUGGAAGCUUAUCCAAAAAUCUCAGCCAGAUUUCUUCUGUCCUUUUUUGUAGGAGGUAUUUAUUUGGGACCAGAUUGCCCGAGCAAUUCAUCAAUAGUUAAUGCAGUUUUUCUGAGGUGAUAAUGGACAAUUUCCUGCAUUGAUCACAUGGGAAGAAUAAUUGGGCAGUGAAUAUUUGGGCUAAGCAGCCAAUUUAGGAAUCCUAGAUACCCUUUGGUUAGAUAUUACUCAAUUACCUAAUCAAACAUUAUCAUUUGCUAAAUUUUUGCUAUUUGCUAGAUACUGUGCUAAGUUCUGAGGAUACAAAGAAAGUGGGGGAGGGAAUGUGUGGAACAGUUCCUGCUUUCAAAUAGCUUAUAUUCUAAUGCUGGUCUGAAUGGGUCAAAACUGUAGACUGAAUAUAGACUUAGCCAAUUAUUUUGAUUGGAUGGAGAGAUCCCACUACUGGAAAUGUGCAGUGUGGAGGGAGGUUAAGAGAUUUGAUUUCUGUCCCCAUUUCAAACCCUUUUGAGUUAGAGUAAAACAUAGUACCUCUUAAGGCCUAACCCCAUGAGUAAAAUGAAGAGAAUUAUUCCAAUUCCAUUACAAAGGCUCUACAAACACUGGAUUCCUUGGAUAAAUAGCCAGUGCUUCUAAGUGCCAGAGGUGCUAGAAAAGGACAGCAGAUGAAGACCGGCAGGCAGCUGAGAUCUCAAGCAAGGGCUCCCAAUAUUUAUGCUCUUUCCUCCUCUUGUCCAGGUAGGUAUGGCAGCCAACUUCUAGAUUCAAGCUUGUUUCAUGCCCUUUUGAAACACAUUCCAUUCCAAGGCCAGAGUUAAGAUAAGUUGACAUUGCUUGUUUAGCCAGUUAAACAGUAAGCACUGAGGGCAAAGCUGUGGCUUCCAGACACUAUGGUGAGCUUAGGGAUGUCCUCUUUUUCCUGUCCAUCUCCUCAAGGGUAUGUUAAACAACUCUAAUUAGAAGUGAUUGUGUACUCACAAAGUGUGAUAAAACACGUGUAUACUACCAGUACCAGAUAUAUGUGCUGGGAGGACAUUUAGCUGUAGGGUAGAUAAUUCUCUUGCCUGCCCUGUCUCCAUCACUCCCCACUCUACUAUACCCCAAACAUGCGAUACUAAUCUUGUACUGAGGUCUUAGAAGUGCCCUGGGGAGAGCUGGGUUUUGUCCCAUAUUAGAGAGAGACAUGAGGGAUUUGGGCAUAUAUUUGUGACAGCUUAAUUCAAUAGGUAUGGUUUGGAUUUGGUCUAUUUGACAAUUUUGGUCUGGAAAAGUAUUUAAACUGAUGGCCCUUUGGGGGUAAGAGAAUGAAGUGAUUAGCUGUUGAUUAAUGUAAGAGAAUAAGACUUUUAGGCCUUUUGGAAUCUUUUGGUAGGAGAGGAAUUGGCAAGACUUGGGCUGUCCCAUGUCUUAUCUUUGUUGAGAUUAACCUUCUAGAAAGAAAUUGAACCAAGGAAGAUGAAAUCUAAGCCUCCUAGCCUUGGAGCCAGAGUUGAACUGGGUCUUUAUUCCAUUCCUCUGGAGUGCCUUCCUAACACAGGCUCCUCCAUGAGAGUUAUCUGGGAAUCUUUUUUUCUCCUUCCUACCUCUUCUUCCAUUAACUUAUGUAUAGAUUUCUGAAUACUCUGGUUCCAUUGUUGAAGUAUUUAGAAGCAUUAGUGAGAUAGGGUAAUUUAUAGGAUCUUUUCUGGAAAAAAAAAAUGUUUGCUGAUACUGCCUAAGAGGAUUAGAAAAAUUCUCUUGUUUCUCUGUCUCUGCCUCUCUGCCUCAUUUCUCUCUCUCACUCUCUUUUUCUCUAUUUGUUUCUGUCUCUUUUUCUCUCCUUCCUUUUCUUCCCUCCCUCUUGCCCUUUCCUCCCUUUAUCUUUCAUCUAGUAUUAAAGAAAAAAAUGGAUUUCUUUUUUUCCCCCUUUGACACUUUUCUUGUUUUUCCCUUUCCUCAAAGUGGAACAUAGUUCCCAAACAUUAGCCUUAAAUUCUUACAUUCCAUUCUUAUUGAAAAUAGAAAGCACAGCGAACAACUUUUCAGGAAGACUUAAAUCAUGUAAUCUAACCUAUACUCAUUAAACACAUGGGUUCAAGACACUCCAAGUUAGGCUCUUGUGUUACAAAAUAAAACAGAUUAGUUCCUUGCUCUCAAGGAACUUAUAUUCCAUUGCAAGAGUUAUAUUCCACUGCAAUAUCAUUCCCUAAAUCUCCUUAUUGGGAAUGGGAGUGAAUGUUUCUAGCUGCCUUCCCAGAUUAGAAAUACUUUGCACUUAAACUGUGCUUCCAGAGCCCCGAUUUGUUGCCCUUAUUUAGACUUUAUAAAUGCUGACAUUUUCAAGAGCCUUGUGAUCCAUUAUGCUUGAAGAUAAGUGUGCCUUGUGGCUUCUCUGAAGGUCUUCCAGUCCUAGGGACAAGUGCCCAGACAAAAGAGAGGUAUCUGGUUGUGUUGUAUUAUGUAGGUCCCAAGGGGCUUUGCCAGGAGCAAAAGAAAGAUAGCUAGCCAAGUCCUCUAUGUGUGUUACCAAGAUGGCAACAAACUCACCAGCUUUUCCAGUGUAUCUUUUUACAUGGUUGGAUUUUUAAAUAUUUGAAACUUUUUUUUACUGAACAAAAAAGUGACUGAUUCAGUUGCUUAAAACCAUGACUUGUAAAUAGUGUCUGUGCCGGUCUCCUCUCUCUUCUCCUUGUCCCAAUCCUGGGAUAGUGAUUUAAACACCAGAUGUUUACAUAGGAGGAAUGUUACCUAAUCUCUCUGAGCAGGGAAUGUUCAGCAAAGGGCCUUUGUUUUUUUAAAGAAACAAAAAGAUUACACAUCUCUGUGCCUAGCUGGCAGUCUUGUCCUAUUUGGUAACUUGAACUAGCUAUUAUUGUGUCUCAUUCGUAAUGUGGCUUCCAUAUUGCAUGUGUCCUGUUGAAUAGAAUAGAGAACUCUGCAUUUUCUACCGAAGAAGUGGAGGUGGAGAGUUAUACAUAAUUUAGAAUGUGAUUUUUCUUAAAAUGGCAGCUCAAUUCUCAUUUUAAAAAGAGAACAUUACAUAUCAGUUGUAUAGUUCUGUGCAAGGGAUUUUGAGGCUGGCUCUAAAGGAUGCAUGGUGUAGGUCUGAAGUUGUUGCCUCCAAAAUCUAAGGGCUAGAAAGUAACCUUGAGAGGCCAUCUAAUCUAAUUCCUUGUCUUUAGUAGGACUAUAGAUCGGCACUGAUCUCUGACCUUAAUUUGUACUCCAAGACCUAAAUCACAUAAGGAUAUCUUCCAUUAUUUUUAAACUAACUAUGGUGAGCCAAUUCUCCUGUACAGAAUUUCUGUCAUGUUGGUGAAUAUAAAUGACUAUGUAGGAGGAGAAUUAACAUUUUCAAGAAAACUUCUUCAAAUGAUAGAACCUUCCAAAGUACUUAAUAGGUUUCAGUGAUCUAUAUCCAGUGUUUACUGACUUAAUGGUUUUAUAUUUUACCACAUUGAUCCAGGUAACUGGGCCACACAUCCCAGUGCUUUAGGUUUUGCAAGCACUUGUCCUGUUUUAAUUCUUUUCAAUCUCUAAAGGUUAUUUUGCAGAAUCCUGUUGUUUGGUAUCUGUUUUUAGGAAAAUUUAGUACUAAUGUGUGUUCUGUGGAAAAAGAAAAGAUGGGCUGAGGAUGUACAGAACAAAUGAGGAUUUUAUCACUAUUGAGGGUGGGGAAAAGUAGGAUGAAUAUAUAUGUAUAGCCAGUUAAAUGGCAGCCCAGUUAGGAAUGGUCUGCAUUGGGAAGGUUCUGCAGUCUGGCCAUAAAUUCAAGAAUGACUCAGCAUAGCUCUCUUGCAAAGAAGAAACAUUACCUCAAACAGCAAGAUGUUUGUUCUGAUGAUUGGCUUUUUAAUAUAGCACUUAGGGGUUUAGAACUGUAUUGGAAACAUGUGCAUCUUUAUUUUGUUCUUUUGUUUGUGGAAUAGGUAAAUAAAACUGUUGAGUACUUUGAAACUCUGAA